UUCGAGUAAGAACCUCGAGCAUCAGCAUCGUGAUCAUCCUCCUCCUCCUCCUCAUCACCACCACCAUCAUCAUCUCCCUCAUCCUAAUCUUUUUCCAUCCUCAGACUAAUGCAGCAGCCUGGAAACUAAAGACCGAGCGGGGACUUUUUUUUUUUUAAUGCAUGAUAAAUAAAAGCGAUGGAGGAGCAGAAAGUCAGCCCAGAUCAUUCAGUGUGCAGAUCUUGCAGAAGAGCAGAGAGACACACAACAAUGAUGUCUACGUCCUGUAGACUUUUACUUUUCACAGUGGCACUGUCACUGUAUUCGUCUCAAGUCUCGGCGGAGCUCUUGUGCGGCGGGGAGCUGGUGGACACUCUGCAGUUCGUGUGUGGAGACAGAGGCUUUUACUUUAGCCGGCCGUACAGAGCAAACGGUCGUCGUCCUCACAAAGGAAUAGUUGAGGAAUGCUGUUUUCGGGGCUGUGAUUUGUAUCUCCUCGAGCAGUAUUGUGCAAAACCUGCAAAGUCUGAGAGAGACAUCAGUGCCACUACGCUGCAGGCCGUCCCAGUGUUACAAACUCUUCAGAAGGAUAGCACAAGGAAGCCUGUUAAUGUGAAGUUUUCCAGAUAUGAGCUGUGGCAACGGACAGCUGCUCAAAGGCUGAGAAGAGGAAUCCCCCCCAUCCUCCGCUCCAGGAAGUUUAAAAGGCUUGCCAAGAAAAUCCAAGACCAGGAGCAGCCCGAAUUUCACCGGCCACUGAUGACUGUGUCCAAGAGAAGCCCUCAAAUCCCCCACGCCUCCAGAGCCUCGCUGUCCAUAAGUGAAGCAAAGACUGGCAAGAUUUAAAGGGAUUAUAAAGCCUUGACCUUGAUCAACUGAGGCUUUUUUUUUUUUUUUUAAAUGAACCCUGUCAUCGAUCAUCCUUUACAAAUACAGAUACGAACAUUCUGUGUUAUUUCCUGCCUUACCCAGCCGAAGAGACUUUAGUUGAUAGGGCUGAAUGUAAGAGUGAUGGAUCAGGUGACAGAAAAGAUUAAAGAAGUCUCUGAUUCAACGGGGUGCACAGCCAGAAUCAUUCCCAAUGAAUUACCAAUGGAGUGUGUAUAGCAGUGAGUAUGGCGGUCUUCAUUCCUCAAAAUCCCAACCCUAAGACGGAGUGCCUCUGUCUCAUUUGCACCUGCGAUUCUAAAGUUACACUAUUGGGAGCAUUUUUUUAUUAUUAUCAAAAAUGAUAUUUGCUUUAUAUGCACCUUCAUUCACCCUACCCCCUGCGGUGCAAUAAUGAAGAAAAAAAGAAAAAAAAAACAUCGGCAGAUUGCACAAUGCCACGGACAAUUUUAAUGGCACUAUUGUUUUUUUGUUUUGUUUGUUUUUUAAAAUGAACUGCUCCAUAUGGUAAUAUUAUGGUGCUACCUUUUUGGGAAUAAACUCAAAGAAGAGGCUCAAAGCAACCUACUCUUGUCAUCAUGUUAAACUUUCCGUUUUAGGAAAAGCAAGACGUUGUAAGAGCGGUAAAUCAAGAGUGGUUUAAUUAGGAAUGAGCUCAAGAGACCUGAACUGUGCUCUUAAGAUCCAUUACAUGGGCUGUGGAGAAUGAAGGUGAAGUCCAAGGUGGUAUCAGGAGAGAUGAAGGGAACAACAGGGAAUACCACCACUAAGGACGUUUGCGACCAUCUCAAGAUUGAACUUUGAGCAAGAGCAGUUUCAAAAUGCCACACACUUGUACCAUAAUAUUAAUAUUCCUCUUUCCAGUCUGCAUCUUUGUCAUUUUAUCCGUACUUCCCUGUCUUUAAUGCAUAUAUACAGUACAAAAUUAAUGGAACAAUCAUUUCAAAGGGAAAACAGCAAUAAUGUCUUCUUGCAUAUUUUCAAUGUACAAGAGUAGUAUUCCAGUGCUUUUGCUUGAAAUGAAAUACUUGAAUCUGUAUAUGUAAUCGGUCUCCAGGGACAUCAUGUCAUAGACCUUAUGAGUAGUCCAUAUGAGCAGUUUUCUUGCAAAAAAUGAGCCGCCAAGCGUGUUUCUUGGUUCAGAUAGUAAUGGCACUGUAAAAAGGCAUUAUUUAUUUUGAAAUAAACAUAUAAAUGGUCCCAAUGAUAGCACACAUUUAUAACUGGUAGAUACGUGUUACACAAUGGUUUUAUUUGUACUGCUUAUGUAUGUAGAUGCUUUGUACCAAAAAGUCUCUUUUUUAAGUAAAGUCAGUGGAAGCUUCAAAAGAA